UAUUAUCAUAAGUUAUAUGUCAGAGUCAAAGAAUUAUGUGGCUUCAGUUUCUCAUGGAUAAUUGUUAAAGAAACAUCAUUGAAGACAAAAAAAGGAGGGUGGCUGCCUGGAUUGCAGUGGUGGCGUGUUGAGUGAUUUUAUUAUGACUAACAUUUUACAAAUUAUUGUUGUUAGUGCGAUUAUUUUCACAUACUUGGAUUUAUUGUACAUACACCUAACACCCUACUAUGUGAAAUAGGAACAAAGGGGUGGAAUUUACAUUCAUGUUUGCUAGUCUAUACUUGUGCUGGCAUAAAUGCUGUGGUUGCUGCUGAGAUAUUCAUACCGCAAUAGAUUGCUCGGUUUGUUUGAGAAGAAUUAUGAAAAAUCGAUGCCAGACUCUGUCAACUUUAAUACAUAACACAAACAUUGAAUGCGGUGCUGCUCGUUACACUUUCUGUGAAUAGAUGUGUUCAACAACAUUAUUAACAACGACAAUGACAACUAUUGAAAAUUUUUUUAUAUUUUGGUAAAAAAAAACAACAAGAAAAAAAAAAGAGCAAAAGUAACAAAAAAAAAAAAAAAAAAAAAAGAACGCGAAGAAACUAAUCAUGGAGCAUACGGAUGCUGAAGAAUGAAGGAAAUGCUUUUCUGAUUUCUAAAUCAACAUUUUGAAUGUAGGAAAGCAAGUAUAUAGAUUGAAUAAACCAAACACGAAAGUGACGGGUCGUCAGUUGUUGUCUUUAAUUUUAAUAAAGACGAACAUGUCUUCCGUCUCCAUCCUAUAUAAUGGCAAGCAUAUCCGGAACGGAUAGAAAAACAGAAACGACAACAACAACAUCAGCAAUAUUAUUGGCAACAUCAACAUCUUCAACAUCAACGUCGUCAACAUCAUCGACUCAACCUUGUAACUCUUUGGCAUUCGAUGUUGAAAAGCAAAAUUCAAAUUCAUUGCCAUCCCCAGCAACGGAAGUAACAACUGCUGCUAUUGCCGCUGCCACUAUUCAUCAUUUUAUAGCUGUUGAUUCAAUUAAGGAUUCCAAACGAAAACCACAAAUGGAAAUCGAGGAGGAGGAAUUGUUGGAUGCGGUAACAUUUCCGGUUGAUGAAAUACCCGAACCCAUUAAAGUAUUGGACGACAUUAUCUCAGCAUUCGAGGAUACAUCAUCGAGACCACAAUUGCAAAGCAGCGGAGAGAAUCAAUCGGAAGAUGAUGGUUAUAUGAGCUUAAGCCGUAAAAACAAACGGAAUUCUGAAGAGAUGUCACAGGCGAGCUCAAAUUGUAUUGCAUUGGCGACGCGCAAUGAGAGUUUUGAAGCCGAUGCUAACGAAUUAAAUGGCAAUUGUAAGAAACUUGAUCUGCGUACAAUCACAACAAUAAAUGUUCACUUAAAUCCAAGCGAUUUAGUGCAAACAACGUUGCCUAAAGCCCGCACGAUGAUGGCCGCAAGCAGCAGUAGCAAUAACUCGAAUUAUUCAAGUCUGCCCUGUUGCGGACAGCGGACGACAGCAAUGGUGUCAGUGGGCGAAAAUAAAACACGCGUUGGCAGCUGCAAUGGUGAGAAGAAUGCUCUUGGCAUUGAUAUCAGUGCUGUGCAUAAGGCUGUACUCAGAGGUAGUGUAGCUAAGUUGCCAGAGCCAAUGCUAAACGAGCAUCCGAUUACUAUUUAUCCCGGACGAUGCUCUCCAGCUAAAGACAAUGGCAGUGGAGGACCUGGCAAUCGUCCUAAAAGACUUUUAGCUUCGGUGGAGAAACAUAAAGAAGUCUGCCACAUUUUAAAUCCUAAUUCAACAUCGAUUUCCUCGUCUUCUUCGUCCAGUUCCCCCGCAACCAGUGAUCCAACGUCAGAUAAUCGAAAAACUCAAUCAUCUUCAUCCCAAAACACAUUGGAUAAAUCUUUUCAUAAUAGCAGCGAAGAAGAAGAACUUUCGGAAGAUUCUGUCGAUGGUAUAACGGUGUCAUCUGAGUCCACGCAACUCACCCCAAGCGGCAUAGCAUGGGAAAUACAUUUUAAAAAUUUCAAAAAGAAGGCCAAGCAACUUAAACAAGAACCGUACAUUAAACCAACAGUUAAGGGUAAACAGGGUCUCUCAAGGCUUGAGAAGAGUUCAAGAAAAACAUGCAACGAUUCUCAUAUAACCAUGCAAAUGUCGCAAUCAACUGAGGAGGAAUUUCGUAACUUUGAAGAAAAUGCAGAAAUUCUUAAUUCGUGUGUGUAUAGACAUUCCAGCAUGUUGGGGAAAGGAACGUUUAUUAUAAGACGCGGUUCCGCGAAGAAAUUGCCCAAAGCCAUGGAUAUUUUCUGUGAUUAUGCUGUUGAAAAACCUGGCUUGAGUGAAAGCGAACCGGACGCCGAUUCCGAGUCAGAACAUGCACUAUAUUCACCACAUAUAGCAAAUUUGGAAACUACGAAAAACCUAGACAUUAAAGAACCAACUGAUCGCCACAGUUUAGGUGGAGUGAAGCCAAUGACUUCGCCACGUGAUCGACUAUCACUUAACAUCGAGCCGCAACACCAUCAAAAUUCCUUAAAAACGGAUUACUCACCAGUGCAAUAUCCCAAUAAGGAAACAACUGGAGAACUAACCAAAGCUGUCAAAAAGUGUAGCAUAAAGUCUUUGGAAGAUUUAUUGAGCACGGAACUCCUAAAUGAUAUGAAAAUUAGUCCAACUCAAGAAGAGUCAUCUGUAGGCUUUGAUUUGCAGCCGAAACUUACGCAAGCAGAAGCCUCAAGUCUUUACGUGUAUAAGAGUGCGACUAGCGGUAAUUCUGCAGGAAAUGAUUAUAACGAAUUGCGUUCUUCAAACACAACCACUCCUCGUACCGAUUUAGCUCCUACACUGGAAGAAGAUGAAGAGCAAUUAAGUGAUAUGAGUUACAGCUGUGGUCCUUUGAAACAAAUCGAAAGCAAUAUAAGCGCUUUAUUGCGUGGAGAGAUGGCAGUAAUUCGUAUGGCUGAUCUUAUUAAUCAACCUCCAUCAAAACGUCCUUUAGAAUUUCGUCCUGGGGUACACAAGUCUGAAAGUGCUAAGGAGAUGUUGCUCUCCCAGAAUGCAUUUGGUCCAUUGCCACCUUCACCGCCCUCUUCCAAUCCGGAUAUCUUUGAUUACGAUGAUUUACCUUUACCUCCUUCACCUGGAGACGAUUCCUCAGAAAAUGAUGACAUCAAAUCACCGAUGACGCCUUAUAUAAAGACUACAGCAGCAGAGGUGCACACACGAUCAAUGUCGCGCGAAGAACUGCGCCAGCCAAGCACAAAAGAACGAGAAAAAGCUAAACCUGUUCAUCGUCAUAUGUCCGAUGAAUUACCAUUACCGCCACCACCUACUACAUUCGAAAACCUGCCACCAGCGGUGCCUCCGCAUCGUAGCGCACAUUCUACUAAUACCAUGAAAUCUUGGUCUAUUGAUUCCAAUUAUAGAAGAAAAUCGCCUCGAGUAAUGGGCUAUGGUAGUGGUGUAACCACUCCGACAAGUUCUCAUGGCCCCACGUACGAAGGAAGUGGUGGUGGCGGCUAUGGUACUCGUCGUUACGUCUCUUAUGGAACCAAAAGAAGUUUAAAGCAAUCGCCGCGAGAAGAGCAUCGCUUACAAACGUCGUGUAGUCUACCCGAAACUCCCAUAUUUGCCAGAGGCUGUGACAUACCGCGGACGCCGUACAGGCGAACGCCAAACGAAAUGACUCCCAUCGGUUCUCGUACAGCUCCCAGAUCAAACACUUCAAAUAACAUAAAUAUGGGCAACUCCAUAUUGGGAAUAUCAGGUGGUAAUACGUAUGGUGGCGCCAUGUGCCGCCAACGUUCUAUAAAUCAUGCUUUGGCCUCGAACGAAAUGCUACGACUUUCGGGAGCACCGCAAAGGGGAUGGUAUCCAAAACAGCGUUCUUUGCGUCCAGCUUCUACAGAAAACAUCGAUCGAAUUAAUACAGUACGUGUAUGGGAUGGGGCAGCUGCCAUGUGUGGCACGGGACCUUCGCGGAAACCGCUUACAUUACCUCCUAACCUAACACCAUCCUUCUUAAAUCAAUCUCCGCGAGAAGCAUUACGCCGUGUUACCAGUUUACUGAUAACCAAGAAAAAAUCCUCCAAAGAAAAACGUAAUAAGUCCGUUUAUAGUGCAGAUCAUGCAUUAGAUGUAACAACUUCGCAUUAUCAGGAUAUAGAUAAAGUGAAUACACCAAAGCCAAAGGCAGAUUCUAAGCGAUCCCAAAACUCUAGCAAUGAAAAACCGAAGAAAAAAGGCAUUUUCAAGACUUUAUGGAAACGUACGAAACAUUUUUCGUUGGACCAGUAAUAGAAUAUAAUAUUUUUCUAUAGACUUGAAAUUUAUUCAGUAGAACGCGUCCUCCUUCAAUUAUAACUAAACGCGAUGCAUGAUUUCAUAUGGUAUAAGGAUUCCAACAGCACUUAUAAAAAAAUACUAUAAAAACUACAUACAUACAUAUACACAAAUUUCUUGCACAAAGGAAGAAAUCUUUAAGACUGAAUCUUUUAGCGAAAUUUCUUUUCAGCUAUACAGUUACAUACAAGAAGAAGAAGAAGAAGAAGACGAAGAAGAAGAAACCCUUAUUGAAACAUCCUAUAGACAACAAAAAAUCUAAAUUUAUUCGUACUCUGAAGAAACUAAAAACCGAGACAUUUUAUUUAUUUAGAGAAGCAUAAAACAAAAACAAGAAAAAGACAAAAAAAAAAUUUUUUUUUUUUUGUAACAAAUAUCUUAAACGUCCUCCCAUUUCAAAUGGCUAAGUAACCUUUCAUUUCGUUAUGACAUUCUAUACAACAAGGACUUAUUUAAGGUCUAUUAACCGGUCAAAACAACUUGUUAUUUACAUAUGAUUAUGCCUUUACUAUAUUUAUUAUAUGUCCUAAGCGAAAAAUUUACGUUUUUUAAUAAUGAUAAAGAAAACUUUGAUAGCGAUACACACAACAAACUCUCGUAUUGACAUGAAGAUCAAUCGUUUCCAUAGUGCACUUUUUAUAAUAAAUAAUAAAAAAAAAAAAAAAAAAAAAAAGAAAUCGUAUUUAGCGUAGCUCGAAUCUUUGCUCAUCAUCAUACCUAUCCAUAAAGUCGACGAUGGAAAGUAAUCGUAAAAACUUUUUUUGAAAAAGUGUCGGUCAUCCCAAGAUCUAGUUUACACGACUAUUUGAUUUGAAAUCAUAGCCGCACGAUUUAGUUGCAAAUUCCAUAAAAGAGAGUCUCAGCAUCCGAUUUACAAAAUUUUAAAAAAUUUUGCAUUUUAUGAAUUUUAUUCAAAUUUGUACAUUGACAUUGAUCGGCCGUCUAUUCGAUCGAUGUUAGUGGAUAUAGCAUGUAGAAUAUUUAUUUGUAAGAAUUUCUCGUUAAGAAGAAGAAAGCAAUGUUACAUUUAUCUACAUUCAAAAUUUUUCUAUUCUCGCCGUAAGAAAUGUUUCAGUUUAGUUUCAAAAACAAGUAAAAAGACUAUAGUGGGGCAUGACCCAUGAUUAAAUGCUCUACAGUUAACAUAUAUGAACUUUGCAAAAUAAGGUGUUAUAUCGGAAGUGGUCGAAAAAGUUGUCCGUUCGGAAC